AUGGCUUCAGCUGAGGGGAAGCCUGACAUCUCCAGUCCAUUCUUCCCACGGAGAAACUCUUUGAUAAAAACCAGCGCUGAGAUCGUGAGCGAAGUCCGGCAGUCUCUGAACGUCCAGUCCACCCAGCGCCCCUUCACCCCUAGAGAUGCUCACAGACAACUGUUUGGGACUAGCUCAGUGCGGGCCAAUGCAGACAACAGGCCCCCAUCUACCUUCAGUCUUCAUGCACAAAACUUUGACACACCUGACUCCAGGCCAGGUUCAGGGACUCGUCUCUCUCCACUUAAUCAUAAGCCCACGUUGCAAGUCCUGGGUGUGGGUGGAGAUCCAGUCCACAUCUUGCCCAAACCCCCUGCUAAUCCCCUGGAGGUGAGGAGGCCUCUGAUAGGACCCCGGGCUCGGCUGCAGCGUGCUGGCUCUCUCCCUAUCAUGCCCCCUGCUGAGACAGAUGGGAGUGAAAAGCUAAAUAAGAGGCCAGAACAAAGGCAGUCGUCUGCAAAACAGCGUCUCAUCCCUGACCAUGCUGCGGUCCACAGUGGUCCCCUCAGACCUGUCCCAAAUACAACACAAAAUGAAAGUAAAGUAUCGUCACAAGGUGCUGACUUGGAUGUCAAAGCCAGCAUGGGUGCAAAAUGUAAAGCAGAUGUGAAGAACAAUGACAGCAAACUGUGCACUGAGCAGGAUUCACAGUCACUGGUCUGGAAUAAUAGGAUUGCUCCUCUUCUGGAACAGCUAGAGGCCAUAGUCGCAGGAGGUCUGAUGGACUCAGAGGUGGGAGAUGAUGGCCUUUGUGAUCUAUGUGACCAGCUUUAUGACACCAUGGCAGCGGCAGACAUUUUGGGGCAUCGCUGUAAAGGCAGGUCUAAGAUACUGCGCACACUUUUCCGCCUCAUUGACCUUAACUCAUCCCGGUUAAACCUGCACAUCGCCAAGAUCUGCCUUCAAUUAUGCGUUAGUGGGAACAACCUUCUGAACAUCUGUAAGCUUGUGUUUAAGCUGAGCCGCAGUGAAAGCAAUGAUGACCUCUUCCAGGACAGCCCUGUCUUAGAUUCACUGUUGGACAUUCUGAGCACUGAGGAUGUGUCUUCUAGUGGAGAGGUGCUUCUGUACUCUGUGGGGACUCUGAAGUUUCUUUCUGGGAACAGGACCAUUCUUAAGCGACUCCUGGACAAAAACUGCGUUGGAGUAUCUCACAAACUAAUUCAAAGGCUCCAGCCCAUAGAAGAAACAAACAUGACUCUAGCAGGACACAUACUUGUACAGUUGACAGCGACCCUGAGGAACCUAGCCAAUCACCCUGAGUCUCGCCCUCUGUUCGUCUCGUUUGGACUUCUGUCUGACCUCUGCCUACUGCUACGGCAACAUCACAAAGACCAGGAUGUCUGCACCAACAUCUCCAGAAUAUUCAGUAAACUCUCUUCCUACUCCAAGUGCCGCCUCGCUCUCUCCCAGACUCAUGGCUGUUACCAACUAUUUUUGGAAGUGCUGAGCCAACACCAUCAAAAGCAGGACCUGGUAGUUCGCCUGUUGUUCACAUUGGGAAAUAUCACAGCCAAAAGUGAUGAGGCUCGACUGCAGCUGUUUCAGUGUGAGGGCAGCGUGGACACCCUUCUCCAGAUCUACAACAGACAUCAGCGAAGAGACACAGACAAAGUACACCCACAACAACAAACUGGGACCCAACAUCCAGGGAAUCCUCACGAGUCUGACGAUGUGCUGGUGAAGUUAGUGCGGGUACUGGCCAAUAUGUGUAUCCACCGCAGUGUAGGUCCCGCACUAGCCAACAACGCAACAUUUAUUCAACUGUUAAUUGAAACUCUAGAGCUGAGGUGUGUCCAGGAGAGUGAGGAGCUGACGGUGAAUACUGCUGCUACAAUCAACAAUCUGUCGUACUACGAACAGCCAAACUCAGCAGUCAGAAACUGUCACCUCACCAUUGCCAAGUUGAUGAUGAAGUUGUUGCUCAGUCCCAGUAUGGACGCAGUACUAGAAGCCACGCGUGUGUUUGGGAAUUUGACACAGUCCAGCGAAGUGCGAGACUACCUAAUGCAAAGUAAAGCACACCCGUUUAUUGUCGCUCUGCUGGACUCCAAAAGCCCAGACGUGUGUUUCUCUGCCUGUGGGGUGCUCACUAACUUGGCCUCGGACGUCGCAAACAGGGAAAGUCUGGCUCUGGUGGGGAUUGCAGCCAAGCUAAUGGACUGCCUCCAAGACUUGGGACAGGGUGACUGGCAGCUCGCGGGACAGCUCUGCCAGGCCAUAUGGAACUUGGCAGGGGGCUGUCCCGAAUCUUUCCUGGAUCAAGAGCAGACAGAAGCCCUCCUGGACAUCCUGACUGCAUACCUAGACAAAGAUGAGGCCCUGAAAUGGAUUCAAAAUGAAGAUUUAAAGGAUUACCACAAAGCAUGCUGGGAGUUGGAGUUCUUUCCCGUGGCUCAAAAACUGUUACAAGGUCUACAACCCUUGACACUGAAUAGUUGAACUGAACAGAAGACUUACUAGUGAAAG